AUGGUCGUACCUGAGCGUUACAAGCGACACUGUCUGCGGUGUUAUGUGCACUUAUUCCCAGGGGAGAAGGUCUCUCGCUACUACAAGGUCAAGGAGCAGCACUUCGUCGAUUACAUUAAGGCCGCAGGCGUCUUUCCAGGGGACGCGGGAAUCACCUUUGACAGGAGGCUCCAGGGGGGGUGCUCGGGGAGAAAGCUAGACAUAUUUGUGGACCUGUAUACUCACACGGUGCACUGUGAGAAUGACGAGGAUCAACACCAUAACUACACUUGCGAGAAUAAGAGAACGAUGGAGCUCUUCCAGGAUGCCGGCAAUCGACCCCAGGUCCAGCUCCGUUUCAAUCCAGACGGCUUCAAGUCCGCACAAGGCAGAAAAUACCCGAGCUGCUUCAAGUACAACAAGCUCGGAGUGCCGGUGAUCCGAGACCAGGCAAUCCCGCUCUACAGAGCCACCAUCGCGGAGUUCGUGGGCAGCGGCCUCUUCCUCUUCACCGUCAUCACCACCGCCGUCAACUAUCCGGCCGCGCAGGCCCUAGGUGGCGCGAACCUGCUAGCCCCGAUCGGAGUGGCCACCGUGUUCGGCGUCACCAUCAGCACCCUCGCAUACACGUUCGGAGACGUGAGCGGAGCGCACUUGAAUCCGGCGGUGACCCUGGGCUUCCUCGUCCGAAAGACCAUCGAGCCGACCCGAGCAGCUCUGAUCGCUGGUAUGUGCCGGGUGUACAGGGGCGAAAAAGAGAUAGAUGAGUGGUACGAUCGUGACUAG